AUGGGAUAUAAGCCAUCAUCUGACUGUAUACCGCAAGAAUUAGCUAAUGAAAACUUAACACACCAUACUGCGCUUUGUUUAGUGCUAGAAUGGCUAAUUGUUGAUAAAUCUUUAACAAUAGAUGAUAUUUGUAAAGAUCUUCAACGCUUACCUCGCUCCUACUUUAUACUAGAACAUCGACCUACUAUGCUUGAUGAAGCAGUUUUGCUUUGGCUUUCAAAAUUUUCAACAAUACAAAAUUUACCUCCGUGCAAAGAUUUAUCAACGAAUUUACUUAAUGGGCAGCAUAUGGCAGCUGUUCUUUCACGUGUUUUCCCGCAACUAAUUAAUCAAAAAGAAAUUCAAAUUGGAGAAAAUUUAAAUGAAGACCAAAUCAACAAAAAUUGGGAUUUAAUACAUAAAGUAACAGAUUCAUUGAAUGCAUUUGUUCCUCCAAGAAGAAAACUCAGUCAGCAGCUUUUAUACACUUUCAUCGCAGAUAUUUUUUCAUCAACUCGUCCUGCAGCUAAAAAAUUUGUUAAACUUGAUCAGCCGAAGCCAAUAGAGUUACUUCCAAUGCCUGUAAGCCAAGAACCACCAAAACAAUUAGUUCAGCAACUUCCAAAACAAUACAUUCCUUAUGUUGCUCCAAUUAAACCUCCCGAGAAACCAAAACCAGCCAAAAAAGAAACAAAACCUAAACAAAAAUCCGAGAAAAAACAAACUGAAAAAGAAGAAAAUACGAAAUCAAAAGAUCAAACAAAAGAAAAAGAACAAAAAACCAAUGAAACAAAGCCUGAACAAUCAAAUGAAUCAACAAAAGAAAACGUAGAAAAAACAGAAGAAGAAAACAAAGCAAUGAAAGAUGAAAAUUUAGAUGUUUCAAAAGUGAAUGAAAAUAAAGAUCUUAAUGGAAAAACAGAAGAAGAAAACAAAGCAAAGAAAGGUGAAAAUUUAGAUGUUUCAAAAGAGAAUGAGACCAAAGAUCUUAAUGGAAAAACAGAAGAAGAAAACAAAGAUAAAGAUGUCAAUGAAACUCAAGAAGAAAACAAAGAUAAGGAAGUUAAUGAAACAAAGGGAGAAAAUAAGGAAAAAGUUGAAAAACAAGAAAUUCCAAUUGAAAAUGAAAGCCAAGAUGAUAAAAAAGAAACAGAAAACAACGAAGUAGAACUUGUUAAAGAAAGAGAUAUUUCUGAUGAAGAAAAUGACAAAAACAAAGAAACAGAGAAAACAAAUGAACUCAAGGAAGAAAGCAUAAAAGAAGUUGGAUUAAGUUUAUCAAGUAAAUCAUCAAAGAGUAGUGAAAAUGGACUCACACAAUUACAAGAAGAAUCUUUACAUGAAUCAAAUUCAUCAAAUAAAAGCAAAUCAAGUCAUUCUAAGAAAUCAAACAAAUCAGAUCAUUUAAGUUCUUCUUCUCUCAACCAAGUGAUUGUUCUAUCAGAUACAGAUCAAAAAGAGAAUGAAGACAAAAUGAAAUACAAAGCAUCAGCUGUUAAACGCUCUGACUUUAAUUCAGAACCAGAUAAACAUGCUCCUUUAUCUGUUUCUAGCCAAAUUUCUGCAAAAACAAAUGACGAUGGAUUCUUAAGAAGAGAAAGCUGCCGCAAAACUGAUAACUCAAUAGAAAGUAUUGAUUCAGAACCACAUGUUAAUGAUCCAAGCGAAUCUAAGAAAUCAUAUUCGAGUAGAUCUCGCCAUAAACAUAGAAAACCAUCACAUACAAGUAAUAUUUCAUCAUCAGAUCAUAACCAAUACUCCAAAUUCGAAUCAAACACAAGUGAUACAAUGAAAUCAGAUUAUUCGAAGAAUGAUGAGCUAAAAUCAGAGCAUUUUUCAAUAUCAACUGGUAGCAAGUCGCAAUCACAUCAUUCUUCAUCGAAGUCCAGCCGAAAUUUGAGUUCAGAAAUUGAAUCAAAUUUAAACUCACAAAGUUUGAAGUCAGAAGCGAAAAAUAUUGCAAGAGCAGCACAAAGACUUGCACUAGAGGCAAGCAGACUUAAAAUAUCUCAAGCAGCCGAAACUUUAUCGAAAUCUCAACAAAAACCACCAGAAGAAAACAAAACUCAGUAUCAAACAAUGUAUCAACCACCACAACCUCCUCCACAAUAUCCGAAUCCAUAUCCAAAUCCUUAUUUCACCGCUCAAAUGCCAAAUCCUUACAUGAACACAGGAUAUCCCCCGUUCUAUGGUGUUCCUCCCCCUCAAUUUAUGCCUCCUUUCCAACAAAGUUAUUCACAACCAUAUUUCACACAAAAUACUCCACAACAGAUACUUACAAGGACCAGUUCUCAGCCAAAUUUCGAGAGAACGAACAAAGAAUCACAAGAAAUGACUCUUUGUCUUGGAGAAUUAGACGAAGAUGAUUCCGCAGCGAUGGCUGAUGCUUUGAGGUAUUUCUAUUCACUGCCUCCUAGCAGACAAAACGCAGAAACACUCAGGAAAUCUGUUAGAAUGCAGUAUGGAAAAUAUGCAAAUGAAAACAAAGUUAAAAAUGUUGAAAACACUUUACUUUCCAUUUUGAAGAGGGUUGUUUCAAGAGAUGAUUCUAUUCCUAGGAUGCUGAUGGAGAUAUCAUCAAAUAUAUUUGGUGAUGGUAACACAAAAACAACAAAAGCAGUGCAAACUUCUGAAGUUGAACCUGAUUUGAAUUCAUCUGAUACAAAGAAGAAAAAGAAGAAUAAAAAGCAUCACCAUGACUCAUCAUCUGAUAUAAGAUUAAGCAAAAGUAGUGAUUCUGAUGAAUAUUCUACUGAUUAUUCAAAACAUCGAACAAAAACUGUUAAGAAAGACAGUGAUAGUAGCAACAAAUAUUCUGAAUAUUCAGAUAUUAGUCAUGCAAGCAGGAGAAAAGCAGAUGUCUCUGAAAAUUCAGAAAGAAAAUCUAAAAAAAGCAAAACCAAAAGUCAAACAGACAAAGAUCAAAAAGUAAAGAGUAAUGAUGAAUUGUCAGACAAACAUAGUGAAGAUUUCCAAGAAAAAUCAAGAUAUGUUGAAAUCAAACCAAAUAUAUCAGAGAAUUUAACUCAGAAAACGGAAAAAGAAGAGAAGGGCAGUUCUCAUGACCCAAAGGAAGAUACAGGACCUCAAAAAAUGGAAGUUGUUAAAGAAGAUAUGAUGAUUCAAAAUACUUCACCGACAAACACAGCUGAAACACAAACAUUAGUUGCUGCAAUACAUAGAGAUCGCACAUUAAGGAUGGAUGACACAGAAGAUCUCUUUGAUGUUCCUCCAAGAAAAUCAUUUAGUGAAAUUCCAGGAAAAGUUGAAAUAAAUUCCUUCAAAUUCAAUGAUUUCACUAAAGAAGAGAAGCGUCAAAUACAAGCUCGCAACACAACCAUCAUGCCUAACCUUGGCGUUAUAAAACUUGCUUUGACAUUUAAUUUACUUCCUUGUGAAAGAAAUGAUUCAAGAAGAGAUGACUUAAUUGCAGCUUUAUCAGGUUUUCCUUCAGAUAGAAUUAUUCUUUUGAUGUCUUCAAUCAACAUGAAAUACAAAGGAUCUUAUAUUCUUGAUGAGAAUUGCACUAAAUGCGUUAGAUUUCAUGGCCAAGGUCCAAGCGUGAUUCAUUGUAAAGAUGUUGGAGUUUUCUUCAAAUUUAAUACGUCAACAAAGAAAUUUGAUAAGUUGGAUACAUUCCAUUACACACAAACAACAGAUGCUAUUGUUCUGAAAAGAGAUUUAGAACCACAAUCGUGGUAA